UUGACAUAAUUACGCGCAGACGCAGGUAAAAUUGUGAGGGGGGCUCGAGGAGUGAUCUGAUCAGUCGACUCGCGUACGUCGCCCGUGCGGUCGUGUCGCGUUUUACAAUAACGGUACUCGAAACCGGCCCGAAUGCCGGAGAACCAGUCGGCGGGAUGGCGGGUCUCGGCGUGAGAACUGCGCUAUGUUGAAGCAUGCGACGCGGCCGCCGGCGGCGAACGAUGCCGACCACCGCUACCAGAACAUGCCGCGGCGGCCGCACCACCACCUGCCCCUCAACGUCUCCACCUUAGACUCUUCCAAGCAUUCCAUUGGUGGAACGUCCGCGAGCGUCAGCCCUGGAGCGCAGCCGCCUAAUCCAACAAUCGCUCCUGUGUCCGUCGUCGCUCCAAUCCCAGUGGCUUCACCUCAAAAGAUAGCUAAUGGAACUGCUGGUCUACCGGUGACUAGACCAGCUACCAGUAGAUCGAGGAGCAACCGAGCGGCGACUGAGGAAGCUUUAACUUCUCUAGCUUUAUUGUGUCUGGUCAGCCUACUGUUAGCGUUGCUGGCCCUCUUGUUCUUGCUGAAAAUAUCAGCACCAGCGACAAGUGCCCCCGAGGAGUUUGCAGUGGUGUACGAAGUGACGUUAGCAUUAUGUGCGUUGACACUAUCAUUGAACCUUUGCUGUCUUCUAGUGUGUGCAAUACAGUUUCUAUUCGCCGUGAAGUUAGUGCAUUCUCCAUCAGCACCGAACGGCCGAUCCAACAAGUACCUUCAAAAGUCGGCUAUAACAAGAGUGUGUGCUGUUGGAGGAUUCUUUAUAUCAAUACCAGUAUUUUUAACAGGUAUAAUACUCUACACCUUCAUCCAAUUUCACUCCACGCCGGCUAUUGUGACGUCAGUAUUCAUCGGCGUGGGCAUCAUAUUCUGCGGCUGUGCCAUGGUCCACAACGUGUUCGUAUGGCAGAAAGAGAAGACGAACCUAGUCAAAGCAUGCAGAACUCCAGACUUGAACACUACAACUGCAACUUCGCCAAAUCUGAACACCUCAAACGGUGUACUAUUGGGUAAUGGGCAUUUGAACAAUACAGGAAUGGGAGGAAACCUGAGCUUUCAUAGUAUGACUGGAGCGCCGUACACUCAUCCAAUUACACUGCUGCAGCAAGGUGGACCUUAUAUUAUUAGGCCGCCAACUAGUACGCCGCCCGGCGAAGGUGCCGCAACGCCGGGAAGUCCACCCGCUGUCGACCUCAGCCACGACACGCACGAACUCAGCACGCUCGUAUGACCGUUACCAAUCUGGACUUUAUUACCGAACCGUUGAGUCGAAUUUAGCAUGAGACCCAGGAAGUCCUCCCGCUGGCGCUGUCGACCUCAGCCACGACAUGCACGAACUCAGCACGUUCGUAUGACCGUUUCUAAACUGGACUUUAUUACCGAACCGUUGAGUCGAAUUUAGCAUGAUAAAUUUGUUGAAAAACGAUCUGAACUUUUUCAAUUGUGUACGAAUUGUUCACUACUUAACUGAUGUUGGUCAUUUUUAUUCAAUUUGUAAACAUUGAAUAGUGUGUUUAUAUUAUUUAAGUGGUAACACUGAAAUUAUACAAUACUCAAUGAGAAAGGAAGUUAGUCAAUUUUUUUUACAUCUAUAAUUAAUUUCUCUAAUACAGAUUUUAUGAUUACUAUUGUAUGUAAAACGAGAAUGUGAACUAAAAUAGAGAUAUUUUUAAACUAUAUACGGGAAUUUAAUUGACUUGCUGUGCUUUCGUCCUUUAAGGCAAUUGUUUCGACU